ACUAAUGAAAAAUGAAUUAAUUUGAUGAGGAAGAACAAAAUGGAAGCGUUAUGGUAAUAUUUGACCAACCAACGGAGCAAUAGGCAAUAGGCAGAGGGAGAGCAGAACGUUGGAGUUGGAGUUGGAGUGUGUGAGAUUAACACCGCCACUUUCCUUCCUCUUCAAUCCCUCAAACUUAACUAGGGUUUCGGAAUUGGGAACAAAACUGAAGGUCACUUCACUCGCCACAAGGAAUAUAUAUACAUACCUCUCUCUCUCUCUCUCUCUUUCUAUUUAUACACACAAUAAGCAGAUAGACAAUUAGGGUUUUGAUGUUAUUCGAAUGCCGAGUUGUUUUCAUGUCUUAUGAAUGGAGAUUUUCUCUGUCUUGUCGGAACCGUCCCUCGUCGCCGUCGCCGUGACUGCGCUCUGUUUCCUCUUCGCGCUCUUCUCUCUCCUCCGAUCCUACUCCCUGCCCCGGAGAUUCACGCCGCCGCGGAAGCACCACUGCGAUUGCGCUUCCAAUUCCGACUCCGCCGCGCCCUACCUCAACGGCGGCGCCGCGCAAAUGCUCCAGCCCUCUCCCGUUCCGGCGCCGGCGCCCUUGGCGGAGCGGCGGACGGGGUCCUCCAUGAUGGAGGAACUGGUUCCGGAGAUUACGACGCACGCGCUCAGUUACUUGGAUUAUCCCAGUCUCUGUCGCCUUUCCAUGACCAAUUCUUCGAUGCGAAAGGCCGCCAAUGAUGAUAAUGCUUGGAAGGCCCUUUAUCACAAGGACUUCACAUUGGAACAAGAUAGUGUUACACCCACUAAUGGGUGGAAAGCUUACUAUGCUGCAACAAGAGCAAUUGUGAAUAUUAAUACAGAAUUCUUCAACAUUGUAAGAGAUAAGUCUCUUCCAGCAAUGAGUCGUUUUUGGCUGAAUGCAGAUUAUGUGAAGUGCAUUCAUGCCUCAGGAGAACUCUUUUCUGGGUAUAAUGCAGUAAUGCAGAGUUGGCAAAUCGUAUUCAACUGGGAGCAAGGGUUGAACUUUCAGGUUCGAGAUGUACGUGCCCGUGUCUUGACAGACAUGGCUUGGGUUACCAUGAAAACAUACGUUGACAUGGAUACAGGACCAUUCAAUAUGACCAAUGUUUUUGAGUUUCAUAAUGGACGAUGGUAUAUGGUUCAUCAUCACAGUUCUGUGAUGAAUGGGGAGGUGGACCAUCAGAUUGUGCAUGGAUAAUAGUGAGAGAGAUGAUACAUUGUUAUGACUGAUACUGGUUACAAAAGGUGGUUUUAAUUGCAGAAGCAAGAUGCUUGAAAUUUUCGUGAUUUCUUUGGAAGAUCCUUUUUUUAGUUUCCAAUUUUAGUUUCAUUUUUACACUGUAUAUAAGACAGGAAGUUGCAAUGGUGCCAGAAAAAGAGUUAUAAGUACAGUAAUUGGAUUAUAAAGUAAACACAAAAAGGUGGGUGGAGAGGGGUUACCUGUGAAUGAUACGUUGGAUCAGCACUUCGCAGGCAUCCAAUCUUUAGACUGAGAUUUGUGAAAAGCAAGGCUGAACAGUCAUGGGGGUGGGAGCAAUUGCACAAGCAUUCUCCAUUUUUGUCGUGCAUCCUAGUAGUACUAGGGUGCAUCUUUUUCCUGAGUUGAAUUUUGAAUCAUAUGCUCUAACCAAAUCAUGAUUUUAUUGUAAAGCAUGAUUAUGAGAGAUUCACAAUUGGUGGUCCGACAA